UGUUGUGUGGCUUUUGCAUGUCGAACCCAUUUCUCUGUCUUGUUCAUGAUUCCUCUGUGGUCUAAUAUGGAUUUCUUAAUCAUUUUGAGCAGGGGCUGGGUUGGCUUCCCACAAAUUGAGUUUCUUGGUGCUUUCAAAUCAAUGGGUUUGGCGUACAACAUCGGUUUAUCUCCGAAAGGGAGAGGUGUGGCAUUGAGAACAGACAGCUUUAAGAAAACAGAUUCAGAAAAAACCAUGUCCCUCGCAAAUGGGUGUAAUAAGAUGACCACCAACAACAACAUAAACUGCUUGAGCCAUUGCAAACCCGAAAAUGUUGUGCUUGAAAGGAGUUUGUCAUUCAAGAAUCUUGUUCAAGGCAGGGAGAACUCGGGUUCGGAUACUUUCAGCUUCGAAAACGGGUUGAAACAUAAGCCAAUUCCCACACUCUUUCUACCCGAACCAACAAUAUUUUUUUCUCCCAGACCCGUUAGUGAGCUUGAUGCUGCCGCGGUUAAGGUCCAAAAAGUCUACAAGAGUUACCGAACUCGAAGAAACCUUGCAGAUUGUGCAGUAGUGGUGGAGGAGCUUUGGUGGAAGGCAUUUGACUCUCUAGCUCUCAAACAGAGUUCUGUGUCAUUCUUCAAUGUUGAGAAACCAGAAACUGCUGUCUCAAGGUGGGCGAGGGCAAGGACUAGAGCAGCCAGGGUGGGAAAGGGCUUGUCCAAGGAUGAGAAGGCUCAAAAACUAGCCCUCCAACACUGGCUUGAAGCUGUGAGUCCUCAUAUUCCCUUUUUUGAUGCUUUUACCCCCUUAGAUUGUAGCUGUAAAGAUUUUCUACUUGCCUAUACUUAUACGAUUUUUUUCUUUUUCUUUCUACAGAUUGAUCCACGCCAUCGGUACGGGCACGAUCUACACUUAUACUAUGAUAUCUGGUUUAAGAGCGAGAGCGUUCAACCUUUCUUCUAUUGGUUGGAUGUAGGAGAUGGCAAGGAAAUAAAUCUCGAGAAGUGCCUGAGGAACGUUCUACAACGCCAAUGCAUCGAAUAUCUCGGACCUAAAGAAAGGGAAGCAUAUGAGGUGAUAGUUGAAAAUGGAAAGCUUUUGUAUCGGACAAAUGGAGAGCCCUUGGAAACCAUAGAAGGCUCUAAGUGGAUAUUCGUCCUCAGCACAACCAGAUCUUUGUAUGUGGGUCAGAAGAAGAAAGGCUCGUUUCAACAUUCCAGCUUUCUAGCCGGGGGUGCCACAACUGCAGCCGGAAGAUUAGUUGCCCAUCAGGGCCUUCUUGAGGCCAUUUGGCCGUACAGUGGUCAUUAUCACCCUACAGAGGAGAACUUCAGGGAAUUCGUUAGCUUCCUUCAAGAGCACCAUGUGGAUCUUACCAAUGUUAAGAGGUAUGCAAUUGAUGAUGACAGCCUUUCAUUUAAGGUCACUGAUGAACCAAAAUCAGAAUCGAUUAUGGGUCGUUCUAGAUCUACAGAAUCAGACUUUGAAAAUACAAUUGAUGUAGAUGGCAAAGCGGAGGAGCAGGCUACGAUCACGACCGCUCAUCAAGAAGAAAAUAAGAGUGCUAAUGAUGCCAAUGCGGAUGCACGGGUCUUUCCCGUGGGCAAGCCCUUAUCUUGCAAGUGGAGCACAGGCGCUGGGCCCCGCAUUGGGUGCGUCCGGGACUACCCUGCUGCGCUACAAUCGAGAGCACUGGAACAAGUCAACCUAUCGCCUAAGGUGCCUUCUGGGUCUGUCGGUAACUACGGCCCAAUUCCUUCUCCACGGCCCAGUCCGAAGGUCCGGGUCUCCCCUAGACUUUCAUUCAUGGGACACCCUAGUCCGAGGACCACAAUUACUGCAUCUAGUUAAGCCAAUUCACCAAAGGUGAUUCAAUGGCUUGGGUCAAUGGAUAGAGAGAGUGUUUGGAUCGUUAACGAGUCAGAUAGUAAAUAUGAGAGAAUUUUUAAAGGACCCACUUGCCUGAACGGGUUUUGAGCUGCUCAUUCUCCAGUUAGGGCAAAUGAAUUUUACGAGAAUUCUCUCACAUUUGCUACAAGAAUUGCUAACAAUUUGAGCUACAAAUUGUUACUUAAGAAUGGUUCAAAACUAGUGGAACCAAGGGCACUUCUAGUGCCCACAAUGUGGAGUCUUUUCUAGCAAAUUAGGGGACAAAGGGACUAACAUGAUUUUUUUCCCCCCUUGAUUUUUAAUGUUUAAUUUAUUUAUUUUAUAUUUUUAUUGCUUCAUUUUUUUUACAGGGCUUAAGUGAGCCAAAUAGGUUUUUUUAUCCUCCCAAUUUUGGCAUCUGUAAUUUGGGUUGGAUUUCAUUGUUUUUUCUUGUAAAACACAAAGUUGAAGUAAUAAUACAAG